AUGCUGGUUCCUGCUGGCGAUGAUGGUACGCUAAGGGGUGGAGGAGAAGAAGGUGGAUUGCCAGAGGGUGAAAUUAAGCGAAUUUACAAGCGCCGCAAAGCCGAAUUGAAUCAGCGUCAGGCAGAGCUAGAAGCGCUUCGUUCGGAAAAGCGCCUGGUCAUUUCUCAUUUGGAAGGUCAGCAUACUAACGAAUCUGUUGGACGGCCCGUCAAGGCCGUCUCCGCCUCCACCCCCUCCAUCAUUGCCACUACGCCUCCCUCUCACCCCACCAAGUCAUCUAAGCGUUCCUCCACUGCUGCCCCCGUCGAGACUACAGAUACCUCAGUCUCCAUCACUUCGGCGACUCCUUCCAUCCCAAUGGGAGAUUUACAAGCCAUGACAGGUCAUCACUCUCAACAAGAAGAGGUGAAUAAAGAGAAAGAACUCCUUUCCUCCUCUGCUCUUCCUCCCUCCAAGCCGGGCUCCAGUUCUCCCUCAAACAACAGCACCAACAUAGAAGCACUUCCUCCUCCUCCCUCUUCCAAGCCAUUAAGAUCGCACACUCUGCCGGUGUUACAACCGCCGAGUGUACCUUCGGAGUCAACCGUUGCCACCAUUACUGCGAGGGUCAUCAAGCCACUACAUCCUUCUACCUCUUCCUUGGGUGUACCUGGCGACCAACGCCCUGUUAGUGGAUGCUCGGACCAGUUUCUAUCUGCCCAUUUCUUUCUUGAUGACCCUGGACCGUCCCAGCAACCACCGUCUUCAUCGACGUCUACAAGUCAGCCGUCAAAGCACCGGUCUUCUUCUGCCAAGAAACCCCGCAUCUCUGCUAAACGCGCACUUAAGCAUGGUCUCGAGCUUUUCACAAAGCCUUUUGGUCGGAAAUCCGAGGUGCAUGACAUGUCCUCCCGACCGACCCUUAAGAAGUCAGCCAGCGAGGAGCACCUCCGUACGACAACUGCAUUUACCGCUCUCAAUGAUGCUUCCUCGAAGUCCAAGAAGGCUCCCUCCACACUUAAUGCUUGGCCACUGAGUCCGAACACCGGUGCGUCCGCGCCGUCCAAAUGGAAGAAAUCAAACAAACAGGGCAGCAGUGGUACUGACCAUCUCUCACAUUGGGAGGCGAAUGCCACUGGCAUCAAGAAGAGUCACACAGGCUCUGUAUCCUCUCGCCUUUCACAACAGCAUCAACAGCCUCAUCAUCAACAUCAGAUGGGUGAGUCGGGAGCUACCUCUGGAGCGGGUAGCGAGAGGAGCGGAGCGGUCGGUUCCUCCUCUUCACCGCCUACACAUCCCCAUCCGCUGCAGUCGUCCAGUCAACAGGUCAAAGAAACAUCAACUGCCAAUACCACUCUUUCAAAAGUUUUCGAUGUAGUCGAUGUCCUCUAUGGGGGCAGUGUGGGCUCUGGCGCCGCUCUUUUCGGCCUUCAGAAAGGGAGUCUCGGCAACCCUCUUGUCGCCUCCUCAGGUGGUGCUUCAACUCAUUCAGGAGGCAACGGUGCCGCUGCAGCUGCAACAAAUGGGGCGUCGGCGGUGGGUAUGGGAUUGGCAGGAGGGAGUACUGGUGGGGGGUUACAACUCUCUCCUUCCACUUCUUCCUCACCUCCGUCUGCUUACAAUGUGGCUAUGGCACUAGUAAUGCUUCAUCAACGGAUUCAAGCUCUCCUCGAGGCGCAUGCAGAGGCGCAACAAAAGCUUACUUCAGACAUCCGUGAAGAGCUUGGUAUUUUGAGACUGGAUUUAACAGAGGCGCGCAACAUCGUGAACUCUAUCACGGUAGAAGUUGAGGCUCUGCAACGAGACAUGCAAACGAAGGAGGAGGUGCAGAAUCAAAAGUUGGUGGACGCAGUAGCGAGACUAGAACAGUUGGAUGCCUCAGCGGAGAAGUUACGGCAGAACGUCCAGCAGGACCUCAUCGUAAUACGCAACGAGCAAAAACAUGCUCUUGAGCCUCUUAAUUACCAACUGGCCACCGAGACUCGUGACCUCCGUGACAUGUUUACCACACUCAGUAACAAGGUGUGCAUUCUUCUGUGUUUACUCCUUGAUGCUCCCUCCGCCUCAAUUUACUAUGCAGUAAAAGUCCAUUUUCUCCUGGGUCUCAAGUCUGAGAAUAGGUCUAACUUUCUGGCUCAAGUCGCCUCUCUUCCUUUUUUAUUUGUCUUCCUCAUCUACCGCUUCCUUUUCAUGUGCAGGCGAGUUGGUUUGAUUCUCUACAUUGCAAAGGUGGUGCUACUACCCUCUUGCUUCUCUCCUCAGGUAAUGAUAUUGGAAAAGUGUGAACGUCUGUUGAAUCUUGAUCGGGAUCAACCACAGAUGCUGCGAUCGAUUGCCAACACUUUAACAGACCUCGUAGUCUCUCUCGUUGCUUUCGUCACCACCCUCAUUCAAAUGCUCAUUCGUUUCCUGAACGCUGGCGCCACUGUGACCAACAACCGGGGUUCUGCGAUCGCACUUAACGUCUGCCUCUUGGUCUUUCUUCUGGUGGUCUUUCUGGCUGAGCCACUUGUGCGGUGGUGGAACCGCACCGACUCUCUUGCCCAACAGCCCCCUCGGUAG